ACCGAAUCAAUCAAUUUGAUGGGAUCUUCAAUCGAUCGAUCGAUUGAUUUGAUUGAUUGAUUGAUUGAUUGAUCGGGGGGGGGGGGGGGGGGGGGGGGGGGGGGGGGGGGUAGAGAGAGAGAGAGAGAGAGAGAGAGAGAGAGAGAGAGAGAGAGAGAGAGAGAGAGAGAGAGAGAGAGCAUAAUGCCAGGUCAUGGUAAUUGAUCGGCUUUUUUUUUUUUUGUCCGCUCUUUCUUAAAUCAAUCAAUCGAUCAAUCAAUCGAUUGAUUGAUUGAUUGAUUGAUUGAGGGGGGGGGGAAAAAAAAAAAACAAGAACAAAAAACGGGGAAGGAGGAGGCCAUUAACAAAAACAAAAGACGAGGAAGAAGAGGGCCAGGAUUGGCAAGACGAGGACGAAGAAGAAGAAGCGGGGGAGGAUGAAGUCAUGGCGAUGGAGAAGGACGAGGAGGAACACGAAGAGGAGGACGACGACAAAGAAUGAGGAGGAGGAGGAGGCCCCGACAAUGGAGGAGGUGACGGAGGAGGAGGAGGAGGAGGAGGACAGAAGAAGAGGCGAGGAGGAGGACGAACAAGAGGUGGAGGAGGCCACGGCGAUGGAGGAGGAGGACGAACAAGAGGUGGAGGCGGCCACGGCGAUGGAGGAGGAGGAGGAGGAGGAGGAGGAGGAAGAGGAAGAGGAGUGGGAAGGGGAUGAGGAAGAAGCGGAGGAGGGAGAGGAGGAGGAGGAAGAACAGGAGGGCCCGACGAUGGAGGAGGAGGAGGUGGAGGAGGAAGAAGAGGACAAAGAACAGGAGGAGGGCCCAAAGAUGGAGGAGGAGGUGGAGGAGGAAGAAGAGGACAAAGAACAGGAGGGCCCAAAGAUGGAGGAGGAGGACACGGCGACAAAGAAUGAGGCCCCGCAUGAAGAAGAAGGGACUGCCGGGACGAGGAGGAAGAAGAAGAAGCGGGCGAGGAGGAGGCCGUGGCGAUGGAGAAGGACGAGGAGGAAGAUGAAGAGGACAACGAGGAAGGAGGAGGAGAAGGCCCCGACGACGGAGGAGGAGGAGGAGGAAGAAGAAGAGGGCGAGGAGGAGGAGGACGAAGAAGAGGUGGAGGAGGGAGAGAACUUAAAGGAGGAAGAAGAAAAGGAGGAGGAGGGCGAGGAGGACGAUGACUGGGGAGGGGAUGAGGAAGAAGAGGAAGAAGAGGAAGAAGAGGAGAAGGGCCCGACGAUGGAGUAGUAGGAGGUGGAGGAGGAGGAGGCCUGUUUCUAUUUUUGUUUCUGUUUUUGCUCAGAAUAGCCCCAUAUCUUUUGGGGGGGGGUCCCCUGGCAGUGCGCAGAUCCCCCCCCCACUUCCCUGACAAAAAAGCUGUUGUCCGAUUUUCCAGACAACUCCCCCUCGACCGUCUCCCGGUAUGUCUGGGGGAGACGUCUCCCAAUCGGACAGCUGUUAACGUAGAUUUAAAAUAAAAAACUCGAAAAAAAAAAAAAAGAAAAAAAAAAAAAGAAGGAAGCCUCCCACGUACAGUAGUACAUGUACUCGUGUACCCAAAACUGCAUGCAUGUACGCCAUGCUACCUAGACCAAAACCAAAAGAACAUGCACAGUUUGCACCUGCAUGAUGUGCUGCAAAAUAUGCUAUGGAAUCAUUGCAAUGACCCCUCCGUACAAGAGACAAAAGAAGAGGGAGAAGGCAACAACAAAACACGAAGGAGCUCGGGCUCAACAAUUGGAAAUCACCACAUCAACAAAAGGGCGAAGAAGACCCGAAUCAUGCAAUGUGAAUUCACGGAACAGAUGAAUACAUGUUCCAAUCAAGUCAGCACCAUUCU